UUGCCAUAUCAUCUCGAGCGCAGUUCCAAGCAUCAACAGAAAUCAACAAAGAAAUAAUAACCAAAAUAAAUUGGAAGCGCUGCGAAGAGAAGACGAGUACCUAACAAUUUCGAGCGCGAGAACUGAAAAACGUUUUUCAGUUUAUCGAAAAUAGCCAACAGUGCGAUUUGAACAUCUGAAAGAAUCCCAAUCUAUUCGGGAGACAGUCGCUGGCCAAACGCGACGCAACUGCGAGUGCAGCGGACAGUCGGUCGGUCCAACUAUAUAAAAAUAAACCGACAGCAAGAAGAAGCUGUCAGCGCAGGCUGUGCCAAAAAAAAAAUUUCAAAAUUAGAGUACAUAUAGUUCUGUGCCGUCGCAAGCGUUGUAAAUAUUUCGAAAAUUCGUAAAAUAAUAAUAACAAUACCUCCACAAACAUGAGUGAAUUGGGCCUGAGGCGGAAGAGCAGCGCCCAGCUGGAGGUUAUGCAAAAGGCUGGCUGGAAGAUCGAUGGAGACGAGAAGGCCUGCUACAUAGAUGUGGACGAGGAUGAGGACCAGGACACCGAAAACAUGAUAGAGUCCAAUUGGCGGUAUCUGCCUGAUCUGGUACUCGAACAGAUCUUUACCUACCUCACCCCCAAAGAGCGCUAUUAUGCCGGACUGGUCUGUCGGCAGUGGUAUAGGGCCUUCUAUUUACCAACUGUUUGGAAUAACUUUUUGGUGGAUGAUCGCACUCUGACCAAACCGAAGUUCAACUACUAUUCCGGCUGGCAGUUUUGUCUCGAUCACAUGCGAACCCAGUUCUGCCUUUCGAGGAUCGGAAGAUAUGUGCGGGGAAUCGAGUUUCGACCGUGGCACAGUUUCAAUAAUAUCUUUCAGUUCAUGACCAUGUUAACGUGGAACAUUGACAAGGGCAGAGAGGUGAAUCCAGAUACACAGUUCAUUGGCAUCGGUAGUCGUAUACGAACUCUGGUCUACCACUUUCCGUGCAAUAUGUCGCAGCCGAAUGAUCCUGAAGGAAUAAAGCUCUUCGGCACUGGAGGACAACUGCUAAGGGUUCUGAAGGAGCUGCUCCUGCGAUUGACAGAUCUUCACACUCUCAAGCUGGUGGACUUUGUAUUGGAACGAUACGAGGCGAAUCACUUGCUGGACGAGGUCGUCUGCAGCUGCUGCACCAAAAUGAGGGUGCUCAAUCUGGUGAAUGUGACCACAAUGCAUUGCCCCAUUAUGCAUGUGGGUCUGUUUCUCAAUCUGCAGGUGCUCACCAUAUCCCCCCAGAACAUAGACGAUGACGUUUUGUCCCUGCUGGCGGACACCAAGUUGCGCCACCUGCACCUGCUACAAAACUGCUACACCCCCAGCCACCUGACAAUAAGUGCUUGCGGCGUGAAGGCCUGGCGAAAUGUGAAGAAGACCAAUCCGCGCCUGCGCGUUCAUCUCCGAUUAGAGAAUCUGACGGACGGCGAGGUGGUGUUGCAGCCGGAGGCGCCUGUCCACAGCAUCACGUACUGUGCACCCCAGACCCGGAUACGGGCCGAGCUACUCGUCCGAAUGGUGGACCACUAUAAGAGCACCCUGGCCGUCUAUGGCCACGAGCUUCUGCCGCGCUUUUCAAGCCCCAAGCCUUUUCACAGUCGCAUCGACAGCUUGAUGUUGCUGAUGUGCCGGCAGUGCUUUAAUGUUGACACUUUGAUCAUACGCGAAAAAGUUUCCACCUCGACGCUUUUACUCAUUGCAAAAACGGCCAAGAAUCUGCAGCAUCUUCACGUGCGGCGAUUUGCUGUGAUUUUGCGAUGCGAUUGGCCAAGGCAUCCGGAGUGGAGCAAUGAGUUCUAUGCCUGGUUGAAGCGAAAUUCCCGAUCCUAUGAAGCCGUCGAGCGGGAGAUCUCACAAAUCUUGGGCUACAAGUGGCGCCUUCUUAGCGAUCGAGACUUCAAGCAGCUGACUGUGAAUGUCAAGUCAGGAGCCUAGAUGCCAAGGAUUCAACGAAUUUUUGUAUGCCUAUUAAGACUUGUGAUAAACGUUGUAGAGCUUUAAUAAAUAAACCAAAUAUUGAGACC